CGCCUGCGUUGAGAAACCGAUUUUCAUCGGUAGGGUCGCAUUCAAAGGGUGUUUCUCCGUUCCUAUUCGGACUGCAACUUCCCCGACUGAGUUUAUGGUCCUUUUGUCAUAGACAUUUUGAAGUUUUAAACCUCUCUGAAUCUGCCUUAAUCGACAUCCACGUCUUCAGCGCCCGGGGUUAAAUAUAUACAGGGCCAGUCAAAAGUUUGGACACACCUACUCAUUCCAGAUGGCUGGAAGUAAAGAACACUCCAGAAUUUGACUUGAGAUCUCAACCAACAGUUUUCAACCGAAAAGGGUUUCUCACACCAUCCUCCAUCUUAACUUCCGUCAGAGAGGUAGAUUGUGAGUCAGCUUCCCAAUGAACUGGGCAUUCCUCCAGGGCCUCCUCAGUGGGGUGAACAAGUACUCCACGGCAUUCGGCCGUGUGUGGCUGUCCGUUGUCUUCCUCUUUAGGGUCAUGGUGUUUGUCGUGGCAGCAGAGAAGGUGUGGGGGGAUGAGCAGAAGGACUUCCAGUGCAACACGGCCCAGCCUGGCUGCCAUAAUGUCUGUUACGACCACUUCUUCCCUGUGUCCCACAUCCGCCUAUGGGCCCUGCAGCUCAUCUUUGUCACCUGUCCCUCCUUCAUGGUGGUGAUGCAUGUGGCCUACAGAGAUGAACGUGAGCGCAAACACACGCUCAAAUAUGGCGAGGGCUGUCGGAAACUUUACAAGAACACCGGCAAGAAGCGCGGGGGGCUGUGGUGGACCUACGUCCUGACCCUUGUCUUCAAGAUAGCCGUGGACGGCACCUUUGUGUAUUUAAUCUAUCAUAUCUACGAGGGCUAUGACUUCCCCUCUCUCAUCAAGUGUGAGCAGAAGCCCUGUCCCAACAAGGUGGACUGCUUCAUCUCUCGCCCCACAGAGAAGCGUAUCUUCACCAUUUUCAUGGUGGUCACCAGCCUGGCCUGUAUCCUGCUAUCUUUCUUUGAGAUCCUGUACCUGGUGGGGAAACGAUGUAAAGAGUGUUGCACCCAGAUACACCAAUCACGCAACUCCACCAUCCAGUCACGCCAGGGCGUCAUGGCUACGUCUCUGGUGAUCGGUGGCAAGAAUCAAAUGGAGUCCAACUCUCUAAAGUUGCCCAGCAAGGAUGCCUCAGCCCCAUCUUAUACUCAAGGUUGGGGAGUAACUGAUUACAUGUAAUCAGUAACAUGUAACCUGAUUACAAAACAAAAAAAAGGUAAUCAAUUCCGUCACCAACAAAAAUAUUGUAAUCAGAUUACAGAUACUGUUGAUUACUUUUACAUUUAGAAAAGAUUUUUGGCAACAAAAAAAAUACAUGAACACCUUUCUGUUUUCUCUGACAUUCAAUUCAGCAUUGAAAAAAGGUUUCAAGUUUAAGUUUGUUCCACCUGAGCGAGUCUGACCACAAGUGAAAGACCACUAUGAUGACACACCAAAAAGAGAGAAUGUAAAGAAGUCGAAUAACGAGUCUGGAGGCAGUGAGAAGUAUCUUCCAUCUCUCUUCUGGAUAGGCAAGACAUGGCCAGGGUUCUUCAUUGUUCCUCUGUAGGCAGUGUUUACUUACCUUUGUGUUGAUGACCGGAGUUCCCGCCCCACUCCCGCACACUGACUCGGUACCGGUACACCCUGUAUAGCCUCUUUAUUGUGUUACUUUUUUAAAACUUUAGUUUAUUUAGUAAAUAUUUCCUCAACUCUAUUUCUUGAACUGCAUUGUUGGUUAAGAACUUGUAAGUAAGCAUUUCACGGUAAGCUCUACACCUGUUUUAUUCGGCGCAUGUGACCAAUUUGAUUACAACACAAUCAAAUGAAUUGAGUCACUUUAAAUAAAACAUCCAUCAUUAGCAGAGUUUUGCACCAGGGCUGGGCAAUGUGAUAUAUUCUCAAGUUAUUUGUUUGCUGUCUACCACACCUCACAACUUUACCAUUGUUAUUUUUCGGGAAGGACUCAACCCUUGCCACACUGUGCCCACACCAUUGCUGUUCUUAUGCCCUGGGAAGUGUUACCUGUCUCAUCCUCCGUUACUAAUAGCAGAGGCGGCUUUAGGCUUUGUUGUGAAAAGAUGGCACAUACGUCAAUAUUGUCAGAUGAUUAAAGAUUUUUUAAAUCCUUCUGGAUAUUGAGAGACUAUUUUUUUUUUGGUCAUGUUGUUUGUCAGUAGGUUAUGCACAACUAUGGCUUGAAUACUGACGAUUCAUUUCUGUGUUCAUGUGUAUGUUUAGAUUAUAAAAUACAUGCACUCUGCACAAAGCCAGUAAAGCGUGUUGAUUUGAAUGUGUUUCAGUAAACAUAGUUGUUGAUGAUAUGUCCCAGAAUGUAUAUUACAUGGAUGCAAACAGUGAGGUCCACUUAUAAGUAUAUUUACAUAUUUUUAUCAAAGUACAGUUGCAGUUGAUCUAUUUCACUUUUUUGUUUGUAUAUUUAUACAAUGCAAUUUAUGUAUUUUUCUAAUAAAUUUGAUAAAUACAAUGACUGAAGUGCACAACAGACAGUAUUCAAAUGAAGGGUUUUUUUGUUCAAAGAUUCUUAAAUAAGGAUCAAGACCAUGAAUAAAGUCCUUGAGUAUGGUAGGAAAUAUACUUUAUUUCAGAUUAAUCAUAAUUUCUGAAUUAUACAGUAUCAGUCCCCUUUUACUCUCUUGUGACAGCCUUGGAUGGUUUGGUUCUGGGUGCUGAUAUUAGUCCCAUAUCAUCACCAGUGCAUUAGUCACAGCAGUUAUUCAUAUAGCUCAUUCUAUAUGGGGACCAGAACAUAUGAAGCACACUCUCAUUGUAUAAGAGGACCUGUCCAUUUAUCAGAACAUCCCUGGUCAUCUCUACUGCCUCUGAUCUGGCGGACUCACUAAACACACGUUUCGUUUGUAAAUUAUGUCUGAGUUUUGCAAUGUGACUCUGGGUAUCUGUAAAUAAAAUAAAAACAAGAAAAUGG